GGUACCUUUUCUAGUAAUACUGUUAGACAGAUAAAUGUCUGAAUGAUCCAUGCCAUUCUCUGACAAACAGUCCAGUGAUUGUUUGCACUCAACUAUGUUUGUGUAAUAAACAACAACAUUGUUAGUUGGGUUUAGCAUCUCACUUGUCAGCAUCAUCUGCUACAAAUUUGCCAUCUAUCUAUGUACCGUUAUGGGAGAGGUGUCCGUUUCCUUAGUUAUAUUGCAAGCAAGAGGACUAACAACACCACAUGGGAUCCUACACUAUCACUUGACCUUAAUCACCCAUCUCUUGUUCUUCUUGAAAAAUGCAAAACCAGAGAUCAUUUCAAGCAGAUUUUGUGUCGGAUAAUGAGAAGCAGUAAACUCAUUGGCAAAACAUUUCCAAUGAGUAGAUUCAUUUACUUCUCAGCUGUUUCACACCCUGAUAACUUAGACUUGGCAAUUACUCUUUUUAAUCACUUCACUCCUAACCCAAAUCUUUUUAUUUACAAUACAUUGAUUUCUGCUUUUUCUUCAUUGAAAAAGAUUGAAUCUUUUUAUCUGUACAAUGUUUUGUUGAGUUCUGGUGAGUGCCCAGAUAAGCAGACACUGCUUUAUUUGCUUCAAGCUGUCAACUUUAUAUCACAAGUGAAGCAAAUCCAUUGCCAGGCCAUUGUUACAGGGUUGUUCUCAUUUGGGUAUUUGCAGAAUACCCUUAUUAAAGUGUACUUAGAUAAUGGACUAGUGAGGCUUGCACAUCAGGUAUUUGAAAAGAUGCCUAGUCCAGAUAUUGUUUCCUUUAAUGUUAUGAUUGUUGGUUAUGCUAAGAAAGGGUUUGGUUUGGAAGCAAUGAGAUUGUUUCAUGAAAUAGUGGGUUUGGGCCUUGAACCUGAUGAGUUUACUAUUUUGGGUUUGCUUGUUUCUUGUGGGCAAUUAGGAAAUGUAAAGUUUGGGAAGGCUGUUCAUGGGUGGAUGGAGAGGAGGAAACCUACUAUAUCGUCGAAUUUGAUCUUGGGUAAUGCUCUUUUGGAUAUGUAUGUCAAGUGCCAAAAGGUCGGGCUUGCUUUGAGGACUUUUGGUGCGUUGAAGGAUAAGGAUAUUGUUUCCUGGAACAUGAUAGUUGCAGGGUGUGCUAAGGUGGGUGAAUUAGAGCAGGCACGAUUAUUUUUUUAUCAAAUGCCUUGUAGGGAUAUUGUUUCUUGGAAUUCUUUGGUUACUGGAUAUGCAUAUAGGGGUGAUUUUGCAAUGGUAAAGGAGCUAAUCAUAGACAUGGUGAUGGAGAACGUUAUACCUGACACUGUCACAAUGAUUAGCUUAGUCUCUGCCGCCACAGAAUCAGGAGCCCUGGACCAAGGUAGGUGGGCACAUGGGUGGGUAAUUAGAAUGAAAAUCAAGUUAGAUGCUUUCUUGGGUUCAGCAUUGAUUGACAUGUAUUGCAAGUGUGGAAGUAUUGAGAGGGCUUUAAGGGUCUUCAAGGAAAUUAAUAAAAAGGAUGUCACUGUAUGGACAGCAAUGAUAACUGGAUUAGCUUUCCAUGGUUAUGGAAGCAAAGCAUUGGAACUUUUUUCUGAGAUGCAGGAAGAUGUAAGUCCAGACGAUGUGACUUUUGUUUCUGUUCUUUCAGCUUGUAGCCACAGUGGACUUGUAGAUCAAGGGAUUAAAGUAUUUAGUUCUAUGACAGACUAUGGCAUUGAACCAGGAGUGGAGCACUAUGGAUGUCUGGUGGAUCUUCUAGCACGAUCAGGGAGGUUGUCUGAGGCAAGAGAUAUCAUUGAUCAGAUGCCCAUGAAACCAAGUCGAUCAAUCUGGGGGGCAAUGUUAAAUGCUUGCCAAGCUCAAGGAGAUGUGGAAUUGGCAGAACUAGCUUCCAGGGAGCUGCUAAAUUUGGACCCCGAGGAAGAAGGUGGAUACACCUUGCUGUCUAACAUUUAUGCUGCUAGUGGAAGAUGGAGCUACUCUAAAAAAAUUAGGGAGACCAUGGAAAGUAGAGGAGUGAAGAAGACUGCUGGAUGCAGCAGUGUGGUUGUGGAUGGAGUCGUCCACAACUUUAUUUCUGCAGACAGGUGCCAUCCAGGAUGGGUGGACAUCAGCUCCAUUUUGAACUGUCUGAAAAAUGAAAUGAAGCCGGGGGCAGAUUUAGGUUUAUGAGCAGGGAAAUUAGGUUUCCAAUCUGGAAGAUAGGAGUUAGAUCCAUCCGUUACUUGAAUACAAAGAAUAUGGUUGCAUAAGAGCUUUUCAGAAUUAGCCAAGUCCGUGACCAGAUGAAAAUGAGGCAUCCAUUUUAAGGUGAAUCUAGAUGGAUGAAAAUGAAAAAAUAGCAGUCAUGCUCGGAUUAAAGAGCUGCUUCUUCUAAUUGAGAUGGAUCGUUAUUUUUUUAA